AUGAAGAGAUUCCUCGGAAACGCGAUAUUUGGAUCGCAAAAGAUGCCUCGAACCACUAGCAACGGAAAUCUGCCGGAGAGUCCCCCACCCUGUCUCUUCCCCGAGGGAAUACAAGUGUGGCACGAUUGUCCGGAUGCCGUAGUUGAUGUCUGCUUUAUCCAUGGCUUAACUGGCGAUCGAAAUAGUACUUGGACUGCCCACGGACAAUCCACACCUUGGCCAAAAUCGCUCCUUCCUCCUAAACUCCGCGGAGCCCGCAUCCUUACUUACGGCUAUGACGCGUACAUCAUGCGAGGAUCAGUUGCAAGCGGAAAUCGGCUCAUCGACCACGCUUCAGACUUCUUGAACGACUUGACAACAAACAGAGAUUCCCACGAUGCGUCAAAUCGCUCUCUCAUUUUCGUCGCCCACAGCCUGGGUGGCCUUGUCUGCAAGGAGGCUAUUCUGCUCUCGCGGGAUAGGACCCAGGAUCAUCAUCUUCGGGGUAUUUUCAAUCACACCAAGGGCAUCAUCUUUAUGGGAACACCCCAUCAGGGAUCUUGGAUGGCUGACUGGGCGGGCAUACCAGUGUCGGCACUUGGAAUAGGAAAGUCCACCAGCAAGUCGUUAUUGGAGAUCUUGCAGACGGAUAACCAGUUCCUCGAGGCUAUCCAGGAAGGAUUUUUGACUUUGAUACGGAACUCAGAAAAAGCUGGCAAGCCUCUGGAGGUUAUAUGCUUCUUUGAAGCACUACCUUUGCCCGGAUGGGGGCCCGUCGUAACCAAAAAGUCAGCCACUUUCGAAAGCUACGAUUGGAUUAGCUUACAUGCCAACCACCGCGAUAUGGUCAAGUUUGUUUCCGCAGAGGAUAAUGGAUUUAUAGUGGUUAUGAAAAAUGCUGCAGUUCAGCAGGACAUUGCGAACUAUAUUGGGGACGAACUUCAGGACCAUACUGUCCUCUACAGAUAUGAAGAACGCCACCGGGAGAUUCGGAAUCUCAUUUCAGAACGUUCCCAGUGCGCAUUCCGCUAUGCUUUCUCCUUGUUUAGUCAUAUCGGUAGUGCCGCAGGCCUAUCUCAUUUAGAUGAAUUGAUGUCUUCGUUGCCUAGCUCUCUAGAUGCUGCAUACGAGGAUAUUCUGAGCAAGAUACCGAAGGUACACUCGAAUUAUGCAGGACGCAUUUUGAGGAUUCUUUGCCUCUCAAAUCGACCCCUAACUGUGGAUGAGCUGGUUCAUGCGCUUGCGGUGGAUCUUGGCCAGAAAAAAUGUCUUGAUAUUGAGAGACUAUUUCACAUCAACGAGCUCCGCAACUUGCUUGGUUGUUUGAUUGAGUGUACCUGGGAAAAGGGUCUAUUCAUUCAAGGAUGCAUCACAAUUCAGAUAGCUCACACCUCUGUGCGAGAGUACCUGAGGUCCGACAAAAUCCGCCAGCAAUCAACGGUUUCUAUGUUCGCGAUAGAGCAUGGCUCUACGCAUAUGGAGAUUGCGCAAACGUGCCUUCUUUAUAUUUUGGACCCUAAGAUUUCUCAGGGAGCACACACCCAGGAUAAGCUCAUAAGCUUUCCAUUUGCUUCAUACGCUGCCAAGGAAUGGCUCUACCACUAUACACGUUCGGAUACUCCAAGCUCCGUUGUCCAGGAACUAGUGGUCAAGCUUUUCACGGACCAAAGCGGUUGCUUCAAUACAUGGAUUGAACUUCGUGAUCUGGGCUCCUCGUGGAAGGCAGCUGCAGAUCUCACGGAUGCUACAGAUAGCAGUGCAACACCUUUGUACCAUGCAUGUUUGCUAGGGCUUGCCGAUAUUGUAGCUAAGCUGGUCACUAUCUACAAUGUGAAUGCACCGGGCGGGCGGUAUGGGAACGCAUUACAAGCAGCGAUAUCCCAAGGCCACAUCGAAGUUGUGCGCAAUCUUCUAGAUGGAAACCUUAGUGUUGACUCUGGCGGAGAAAACUUGAAGAGCACAGAGCCGGCAAACUUGUCUGAGCGGCAGGUAACAAAAAUACAGACGUUGCCGAAACCGAACAUUUCUAUCGAUGUCAAUGCCCGUGGUGGAGAGUAUGGCACUUCCCUGAUUGCAGCAUGCUACAAUGGCAAUGUUGAGCUAGUAUUGAUGCUGCUACGCAAAGGGUCAAAUGUCAACGAUCAGGUGGGCCAGUAUGGCAAUGCAUUGGCUGCAGCAUCACUCAGAGGUCACAAAAGAGUGGUGCAACUGUUGCUAGAAAAGAAGGCCCACUUCAAUGCUUCUGCUUGCGGUGGGCGGUAUGGCAAUGCCUUGAUUGCAGCAUCCAAUGCGGGCCAUAGCGAAAUAGUGCAGACACUACUUUCACUAGACAAAAACGCGAUCAGCUAUUCCCGGAGUGAAUUAUUCGGCAAUGCCUUUCAUGCUGCCUCAUUUGGUGGUCAUACAAAUAUUCUGCAGGACCUUCUGAAUUUCGGAGCCGACAUCAAUGCUGAAGAUGGUAUAUACGGCACUGCACUUGGCAGUGCUUGCUUCCGGGGCCACAUGUCAGCAGUUCAGAUAUUGGUCAAUUACGGUGCUAAAAUCAAUGCUUCUAGUGGAAGAUUUGGUAAUGCACUUCAGGCUGCUUCUCUCGGGGGACAUAUCGACCUAGUUAAAUAUUUGCUCGAUGAAGGGGCCAAGGUCAACGCUUCCGGUGGGAGAUUUGGCAACGCUCUUCAGGCCGCAUCAUUUGGCACUCAUGAUUCUAUGGCACAAAGUAUACAACAUGUUUUGAAGGAUAUGCUUUCACGAGGUGUGCCAAUUCUUCCGCAGAACAGCAAUGCACUACAGGUUGCAUCCUCGGAUGCAUACAGAUGGGAUGAAAAAACGCUUGAAAAGCUUAGCGAAAUGGUUCUAUCAAAAUUACCUAACGCAUUUUCUACUAUGGAUCCUGGGAAGCGUGAUCCAUUUCUGGAUGCAUCACUUACAGACCGUGGUCCAUUAGUGCAGCUGUUGCUGGAAAAAGGUGCCGACGUUAAUGCCGCUGGUGGAGAAUAUGGCUCUGCACUCCAAGCUGCAUCGUCCCAGGGCCUUGAGACGGUGGUAGAAAUACUGCUGAACGCCAAGGCAGAUGUCCAAGCUUCAGGUGGAAUUCAUGGUAGCGCUCUUGAGUUGGCAUCUUAUCAAAACCAUGAGGGAAUAAUGAAGAUGCUACAAAACGCUAGUAGUGGCCUACGACCCGAUGGAUCCUCAUGCUGA